AUGAAGCUCGACACGCGCGCGAUCCGCUACCUGACCAACGAGGACUGGCGAGUCCUGGCAGCCGUUGAGCAAGGGAGCAAGAACCAUGAGGUCGUUCCCACGCCCCUCAUCACCCAAAUAGCCGGUCUGCGCGGCGGCAGCGGCGUCCACAAAUGCAUAUCGAGUCUGGCCAAGGUGGGCUUGAUUGCAAAGGUCAAGAAUGCGCGCUAUGACGGCUACCGCCUGACAUACGGCGGUCUCGACUACUUGGCCCUUCACACCCACCGUCUCCGCAGCACCAUCUUCAGUCUCGGCAACCAGAUCGGCGUCGGGAAAGAAAGCGACAUCUACAUCACAGCCUCUCCCACCAACCGCCAACAAGUUCUCAAACUCCACCGCCUUGGCCGCAUAUCCUUCCGGAGCGUAAAAGCCAACCGUGAUUACCUUCGCAACCGAUCUACAGGGUCAUGGAUGUAUCUGAGCCGCUUGGCAGCACAGAAGGAGUUCGCGGUUAUGAAGGUGCUGCGGAGAGAAGGGUUCGCCGUACCGGAGCCAAUUGGCUGGAGCAGGCACACUGUUGUGAUGGAGUUCAUCGAUUCGUUUCCACUGAGGAUGGUCGAAUCGGUUCCAGAGCCUGGGAAACUGUACGCAGAGCUGAUGGAUAUGAUCGUGCAGCUGGCGCGGCGGGGACUGAUACACGGCGACUUCAACGAAUUCAACAUCCUAAUCCAGGAGAACACCGUGCCUGCAGCAAUGGAUGGUGGAGAGGAGAAAGUACAGCUGAGACCGGUACUUAUCGACUUUCCACAAGCUAUCAGCACGAACCAUGCAAACGCGCAGAUGUACUUCGACCGCGAUGUGGGGUGCGUGAAGAGAUACUUUGAGCGGAGGUUCAAGUAUGAAGCAGACGAAGACGGACCUUUCUUUCAGGAUGCAAUGAAGGGUAGUGUGAUCGAGCAGAGACUGGACGUUGAGGUAGAAGCAAGUGGGUUCUCCAGAAAGAUGGCUAAGGAUCUGGAGAGGUACGUGGAGCGGGCUGAGGAUGGCGUAGAUGAGGCAGAGCAGGCCGAUGCCGCGGAGGAGGACGAAGGGGAUGUCGAGGACGAAGACGCUGAAGAGGAGGGUGGGGAGGCUGUACUCCCACAGGACCCGCAGGUCGACGAUCCGAAGCUCGCUGAGGAGAUCGGCGGACUUUCUCUGGGUGAUGAUCUGGCGGUCAAACCUCUGGAUCGUGGACGUGACUUCGGCCUGAUGCCACUCGAGGUACCCAGCGAGCCUGACAUUGCGGCGGAGAAGGUGCAUAGCAAGAAGAAGGCGUCUGGUUGGGCUAUCUAA